GAGGCGGCACGGAACGGGGCGGGCCCGUGGCGGGGCCGGGCCCCAGGGGCCGGGGAGGGCUCCGGGCAUGGCCGAGGUGCUGCCGUUCCGAGUGCCCGCGGGGAGCGCCCACACGCUGCUGGUCUGGGGGCUGGAGCCGGCGCCGGGCCUGGAGCAUUCCCUGUUUUCAGUGUUUUCAAAAUUUGGGCUGCUGUACGCCGUGCGAGCACACAGAAACGCUGCCAUGGCAGGGCCUGGGUAUUACGCCAUCAUCAAGUUUUACUCAGACAGAGAUGCCAGCAGAGCCCAGCGUGCGUGCAAUGGGCAAAGGCUGUUUCAGAAAUCUCCCUUGAAGGUUUGUGCUUGUACCAAGCAGAAGGGACUUCAGCAACAAGUCCUUGCUCUCAACAGCAACAAGUGCCAGGAAUUAGCCAACCACUACCUUGGCUUUAAUGGCUGGUCCAGUCGCGUUAUCACACUGCGGAAUGUAUCUGGCUUUGAUGAUGAGAAUGGGGACCUGGGAAAGACAUUACAGAAGCGAUCUGUGAAAUACCUGGGUGCUGUGGAAGUGACACUGCCCAACCAUGGGGUACGCACCAGGGGCGUUGGCCUCGGCGAGGCAGACAUUGAAAACAGUGAAGAUCCUCUUGAGUUUGUCACAGCCACAAGAAGAGUUCAGAAACUCGCAGUUGGGAAAGCUUUGUCUAGCGCCUUUCAGAAGAUCUUCCUCAUAGUUUUAGAGAACGGUAAAGUGGCCGUGGAGUACAACCACACUCAAGAGGAGCCCACAGACUCCUUAACAGAAGAGGAACUGAAGGGGCUUGUUCAGGUCAAUGAAUUGCCCUUGGAACAGUUUGACCUUGAAGAAGAAGUUUUUUCUGAUCUGAGUUUUGAUGAUGAGUUCCCUAGCUGGGAGAUGCCAUCUAAUUAGUGCAGGUCUCUCUUCAGAUCAUUUCCAAAAGGUCUGUAGCGUUUAAUUAGGAAUGAAAGUCUAAAGCUGUGCAAUGAUGUAUGCCUCAUCUCCAAUAUUUUAUUUUUUCUCCAAAUACAGAACAGCAAAAGAAAUGGGCAAUAAACCUACUGUUACUAAAAUUAAGCCCAAAAAUGUAUACUGUUUCUGGAGAGGAAGUGAUUUCCUGUCAGCUUAUCCAGGUCAGCUAUAUCUGGAAGCCAGCUUACCUGCACAGUUAUUAUUUAGACAGCAUAACAGAUGUGCAUAGCACUUACAGAAAAAUGAAAUGAACAAGCCUUCACUGCAAGAGCCUACAGCUCAGGUUAGCUCUGGUCUGCAGGAGAAAGUCAGAGGCAGGGAGAGAUGUCUUACCAGCAGGAGUAGCUCUGGUACUUACACAUGUGCACAGGCACAGAAAAAAAAAAUACUUCUCUAGGUGAAAUUCCACUUAAAGAUAUAAGCUUAAGUCCUGUGUUGAUGUAUUGAACCAAGCAGUUGGGCCACUAUUACAAUUUAAAGCAGAUUCUUUUUAACUUGGAACACAUGUUUUUUAUUAAAUUGAAAAAAAAAAACUUAUUUUGUAUUUCUGUUCGUGUGAUACGUGAAUUUUUGAGGCAGCAUAUUCAGUGGGAAGGUACAUUGAGCUCCCAAGAUCACAAGGGCAUGUGGUGGGAGAGGGAAUGCGUAUUUGAUAACAAACCCCUGCUCAGAUUUUUUGCCUUCUGUCUUUGGUAAAAAGACAACUGAAGAAUGGGAAAGCUCAGGGAAGACCCAUGAAAAUGACUGUAGGUCU